AUGCAGUGGCUUCCACUCCUGUUGAUCUUUAUUCUGCUCCGAGGAGAUGAGGCAGGAAGGAUCAUCGGAGGCAGAGAAGCCAGACCCCACUCCCACCCCUACAUGGCCUUCCUUCUGAUCCAGACUCCAGAAGGGCGUGGCGCUUGUGGGGGGUUUCUGGUGCGAGAAGACUUUGUCAUGACAGCAGCUCACUGCUGGGGAAGCUCUAUAAAUGUCACCCUGGGGGCCCACAACAUCCAGAGCCCAGAAAGGAGCCAGCAACAGGUCCCUGUGCUCAGAGCCAUCCCCCAUCCUGAUUACGAUCCGCAGACCAUCAGCAAUGACAUCAUGCUGCUUCAGCUGAGGAGUAGAAUCCGGAAGACUCGAGCUGUAAGGCCUGUGGCUCUGCCUAGGACCACUAACCAACUGCGACCCGGGGAUUUGUGCACAGUGGCUGGCUGGGGCCGGGUGAGCCAGAACAGGGGAACAAAUGUUCUCCAGGAGGUGCAGCUAAGAGUGCAGAGGGACAGAAAGUGCAGUGAUCGUUUCGACACCUACAACAGCCAGACUCAGAUCUGUGUUGGAAACCCAAGAGAAAGGAAGUCUGCCUUCAGGGGUGAUUCUGGUGGCCCUCUGGUAUGUAACAAUGUGGCACAGGGCAUCGUCUCCUAUGGAGACAGGAAUGGUAAUCCUCCAGCUGUAUUCACCAAGAUCCAGAGCUUCAUUCCCUGGAUAAAGAGUACAAUGAGACUUCUGAGGCACAGACCAGCUAGCUCCAGGGCCUUUCCGCAGCCAUAA